CACCGCCAUCUUCCCACCUGCUGGAGGCUGUGACCGUAGGUUGGCGCUUUGCCAACUCAUCUGCCCUCUUUACUACUCAGCUCGCCUGGCACCGCAGCAUGCAAUCUUAAAAUCCCUUCCAUGCUUAUGCUGCUUUCCGCGGUUCUGGAUGUUAUAUCCCCAGUGGGAUGGCCUGCUAGCCAUUGCACAGGGGGUAGCAGCAGACUGGUCAAGGCGGAGCUAUCUCUUUUUUUUUCUUCUCUUUUUUUUAUCUGCUUUUCCCCUUCUCUGAUAUUUUAUUCCUCAUCUCACACCCCCGGAGGAAUUGGCACAUAAAUAUCCCGGUCAUGGGUCCGGCAACAGGCAUUGCUGCCCAAACUGCCCUUCUUGUCUCUAAUCCCACAUAGCCUGAUGUGCCCUUCUGGGUCUUGGGAAUGUGCUUUGUUGGCUUUCUCUCAUUGAAGACCCGCCGCCGUCUGCCAGCUUGUUUCGUUGUGACUGGAUGAGGAUUUGUUUAAGACCAAAGUACUGAAACUGCUGCGGCUCGGUCAAAAAUCCGUAUAAGAGCUCUAUUCCCCUAAUUUCUCACUUUGUUCCUGUCUGGAUCCCUUGGUUCCUUGACCGCAUUCCGCCGUCACGAGAUUUGGUAAAUCUCUUAGACUUUUCCGGAAACUUUUUUUCAAAUAUUUCUUCCUGUCUCGUUUGCGCGGAAGAAUCAUCAAAGAAACAACUUACGACACUGCACCCCGCCCGCCCUUGUUUUUUUUUUUUUUUUUGGUCUAGACUAGCUGCUGUGUGCAAGUAAGUCUGUGGCAAACAAAUCACCUCAGAUUCGGCCAACCAACCAUCUACUUGAGGAGCUCGCACACACCUCUCACACAUCCCGUCAAUCCGUCAAUUACUCGACAGCCCAGUCGCACCCCCCAAAAAAUUCAAAUCUGCAAGAGGCCUUCCUCCCACACUUGCAGCUCAGAUCGACCCCCGCGCCCUGUUUGACUGCCUUGCUUGUCCAGUCGAUUUUUUCUGGACGCACCCCGGCCAUCCUUUACCUCUUUCUAUUACUCCGGGCUGGGACCAGGGAUCCAGCCUAACCCACGGCUCCUCUCGUCUCUCACUUUUUGAGUCGACAGUCGUCUCUGCCACUGCCGUCAUACCAUCUUAUCUCUCGCCUUAUAACCGUCAUACUCUAUCGGCAAUCCCUCGGAUCUCUCUUUGUGGUCCUGCCAUUCCAUUCGGGCUAGGGCAUAUCCAAAUUUGUCAACAAGCUUAUCAUGCGCACAUUUCGAGGUUCACUUUCUUGUCCUCGUUGGAGGUUCAUACUCGGGUUGUCAACUCCCUGAAAGCAUUACUUAUUGAUUCAGCCCUCACGCCUGCACCAAGGUGGGCAAAACAACGACUUUGCUCCACUUGUGGCACGCACACACUACGAUAUACUGACCAGCCAGCCUAACUUGGUCCGGAAGCUCAACAUCUUCCCUCCUCUACUGGCACCAAAUCAGCGGCCCCAGGGCCUCACUCCAACAAUGCCUCGGCCAUCAACUCCUGGAAGGAUGGUUCAAAGCCCCGGCCCCACGAGGCCGACCUCCCCACCCCAGACUCCCAAGUCCGCUUCGGCGUCCAAAGAGCAGAAGAACCGCAAAGGUAAUUGGGGAGGCCGCAGUCGACAGUCCAAGCAGCAACAGGCUAUCCGGGAACAGCUGUCGCACCACCAUUUCGGCGCACAAUUCAUAGAUGAUCUGGACGAUGGUCCCGUCUAUGGUUUUCGACCCGGCCCACGAGGUGCGGACCGGUUGUCCCCCCGUUCUGCCCUUUCUCUCUCGGAAGAUGAGACCGAAGAUGAGAUAGAUGACGAGGUCGACGGGAACGACGAAGAAGAGGACGACGAAGAUGCUGACGGAGAGGCUGAUGCCGAGUCGUCCGCAAGCGACAGUCCGCCACCAUCUUGCAGCCCUGGACGAUUCACCAAGUCCUCCACAGAACCGACACAGCAGGCUUUCCAUGGCAGCUCCUAUGCUGCCAACUCCAAAAGAAGCGUCCCCUGUGUGGUCACUGCACAGGUCACUGUCGAAACUCUUGAGAUACGGGAGUACGAUGAUAGUGACGACGACGACGACUGCGUUGUCAUCCACCCCGACGUCAUCGAAGAUGCCGAUUCAGAGAGCAGUCGGUCCCGCUCCCGCUCACGUAGUCGUCAGCGGCGAGACAGCAACAUGGCUUCGGAAAUGCGAGACCUCAACGUUUUUGCGUCCUCAGACGAGGAUGAUCUUGAGGAGACUGAGUACGAAAGGAAGAUGAGAGAGCACCGUGAAGAAAGACGGCGGGCCCGUAUGAAUUCAGGCAGCAUCACCAAACGUACAAUCAGCGAGCGCGGCAGCGACAGCGACAGCGAGGACCUUGCCAAUGGCCAUGGAUUACCUACCUCCCACGACCCCACCGAUGCGGCUCACCGUCGCCUACGCCGGAGGCUGGCACGCAACAGUGUUCUGUUCCAUAAGCCGGCUGCGCCGAAAAUCGACGAGGCAGAUGAGCCCGACUCGAGCGAUGAAGAAAGGGAUGUUCUUCUCGCACGCGAGCUUUCCUUCUUCAACUACAUCUUUAUGGAGGUUGACUCCCCGUGAAGACUUUUUCCGGAACACAAAAAGCACAGAGAAUCUAGAAAUCGACAUUUAUUUCAACAGCAAAUCGAACAUCUUUGAGUUCGUCGCCAAUCCACAUAUUUCAAACAUGACAAUAAUGAUCACGACCGCCCAUGACCAACCACGAAAAGCUGCCUCGCUAUUCGCCAAUGCCUUGGCAUGAGGUGUGCAAUCCAAUCUUAUCUGGUGUAUGCCGCUGGCCACCUGCCCGUCAAACCCGCGGAUAUGGCGGAUGAUUGAGCAGAUAUUAUGGUACAGCGCUUUCAUUUUCGACUUGUUUUUUUUUUCCUUUUUCGUUUCACAUUAUUUGGCUUUAUCGCCUUUUCUCUGAGAUCUUUGCCAUAUUGUAUUGUACCUAUUGGCUCCAGGAUGAAGUUGACUAGCAUAGCACGGAAUAUGCUGUUUGUGGAUCGGGUAUUUAGACUAGGGAUACAAGCACACGUGUGCCAGGAUUCUACAUAUUUGGUACUCUUUGUAACUGCAUUAUUUGCAAUAAAGUUCCCCAUGAAAAACACUACUUUUUCGGUUGAUUUUAUCAUUUUGUGACGUUAACUAGCUCUAUAAUAGACAGGAUAGUAGGGAAUGACAUGGCCCACACUAAGGUAUAUUUAGAUUGUCAGUGUCUGUAUUUCUCGCCAUA